GUUUGCAGCGUCAAGUGGUGAAAGCCACGAUUGUAAUUGUCUCAUUGUGUAGUUGUCCGUUGGCCGCUGUGUAAUGAACGUGUCUGCCGAACCAAUAACCAAAUGGCGAAUUACCAUCCCAAGCCGAGGGCCAGUACCAAACACCAACUGUAUUAACAGUUAUUUCAAAGAGUAAGAACAGCUCUAUCUUGCUACAUAUAGGUGGUGUCGUUCAUUGGUCCACAGUGGAACGGUACCCUAGAUGAAGCUACGCCAAUCAGCUGUUGUGCGAAUCAGUUGAAGUGCGUCUCAUGGGAGGACUAUUGAAAUGUCCUUAUUUAUUGUUUUUGUUGACUAACUGUAAUAUAGCGGAAACGUACCCAACAUUCUAAAAGCAAAGUUGUUAAAUAUAUUGUCCACGAACAUUCUCUAUAUCGUUAUCGUGCCGAUGAGUGCUAGCUCGUUUUGACAAGUUAUGCUGACCCGUUGUCAUCGCCGUAUUCAGUUCAACCGAGAGCUACACUAUAAAUCCAACCUUGUGUGCGAGGAUCUUCUCCAUGUGGCAGAGGAGAUAUUUGGAGAGCAAAAGUCAAUUAGCAACGGAGUAAAAACCCGACGGCCUCAUUCGGGGGGGGGAGGGGGGCCUUCGACAACUGUACUUUGUGAAUGCGCUUGGGCCACUCGCGGCGCGCUGCUAACGCUGUAUUCCGUGAUUCUAUAGUGGCCUGUGGAGAAAGAGGUGAGCCAGUGCAUUUCAGAACAGAAGCGAACCAGCAAUAUACACGCGUCAGUAGAUUUGUGGUACUGUGCAAGCGAGAGCUACGCAAAGGCACAAGUACUGUGAACGAUUAGCAAAGACAUGCCACAUAUUAGGCGUAUUGUGUUCCAGCUAAGGUGAUACGUACCGAUUUUUUAAAAGUUCUCACAGGAAAAUACGCCAUCAGUUGAGCGUCAGAUCUAGCAAAGCCGAUGCCAAACCGAGGAAAUUGCACAGCUUUUCUUAGCACCAGCAUUACAUUUACCGAACCUAUGCUACGGCCAGCAACUUCAUCAUCGUUUCGGUGACAGGGACCCACAGAUCUGGGUGGUUUGUGGUUGUAAUCGGCGAUAGUCGAUUGUACCAGUGGUUAGGCUUAAAUGCCUGGUAAAAUCAUUAGAAACUCCCUGACUAAAGUCGCUCGGCUCCUAGCCUACAGACGGAUUCAUGCGCGAGUCGUCGUAGGAAACCUGCAAAAAAAAGAAAAAGACGCAGUUCCCCGCGUUAAACUGGCCUGACUACACGCAAUCACACAGCAGCUUAAAGAAGACGCAGACGAUUAACGAAGUCCGAAUCGCGUCGUCCCGAUAUAUAAAAACCUUGAUACAACUACUACAGCACAAAUGAGUACCGAAUGUGACAGACCAGACCCGCUGACCAAGGCCAUGGACUCGAUUGAGGUAGACGAAAUAGUCGUCCGAAAGGUGACGGUGACCGAUACGAAGAACUGGUUUAAGUAUCGAUAUGUAAUGCAGUUCCUUGUAUUUUAUGCCAUGUUUCUUGUGUACGCGAUGCGAGUAAAUUUGAGCAUCACCAUCAUAUCCAUGGUAAACCGGUCGGCUAUUGCCCCAGUUAACAUCAAUAAUGUGUCCGACGAAUGUAAACUCUUUAAUUCGAGUAAAAUACAUCAGGAAGACGGUCCCUACGUGUGGAACGAAGCAAUACAAGGUUAUAUACUGAAUGCGUUUUUCGUCGGCUAUAUCAUAACCCAGAUCCCCGGUGGAUACAUGGCUGAUAUGUUUUCGGUGAAGUGGGUAUUCGGCUAUGGGAUCUUCUUAACUUCAGUGCUCACGCUUCUAUCCGAGGCAGCUGUUCAUAUCCACGUUAUUGCCUUUAUCGCUCUACGAGUUCUCGAAGGCGUCUGUGAAGGUGUGACAUAUCCAAGCCUGUACGCUUUGUGUGCUCGUUGGUCCCCCGUAGCAGAACGGAGUUGGAUGGCAGGUAUAGCAAACCUAGGAACAAUAAUCGGAACUGUCGUCGCGAUACCCGUAUCGGCUCUCCUCUCAAACUCAUCCUGGAAAUGGGCCAGCGUUUUUUAUGUAUUCGGCUCGUUGGGGGUAAUCUGGAGCUUGCUGUGGUAUCUGCUAGCUACAAGUACACCUGAAAAAUGCCGCUGGAUGUCCGACGAAGAGAAAUCAUAUAUUAUUAAUACGCGUGGUGUGCUCAGCUUUGAUAGCCAAAGUCGGCGUAAGAUUCCCUGGAUGAGCUUGUUAACUUCACGAGCCGUCUGGAUCAUAUCAUUCUGCAAGCUAACAAACAGCUUCAUUUUCUACAUUUUUUUGACAGAGAUUCCAAACUAUCUUCAUUAUAUCUUCCUGUACCCGAUAGAAAAAAAUAGCUGGAUCAACUCAGCUGCGUAUACGAGUGACGCGAUCGUUGCAUUGAUUUCGAGUUGGACGGCCGACCUACUGAUUUCACGAAAUCCGUCAAGAAUCACUACCGUUCGUAAAUGGUAUGAAUGUUCCGCGCAGUUCCUCGGUGCCUUAACCAUUUUUCUUAUCCCGUUUUGUCACUGUAACUAUAAACUUGUCGUCGCUCUUCUAAUUCUCAAUUCGGCGGUGAAUGGCCUGACGGCAGGCGGUAAUAUUGCUGUGCCUAUUGACAUUGGGCCAGCGCAGGCCGGCGCCAUCCAGGGUUUUGCAAACACCGUGGCAAACAUCGCCGGAAUCAUCGGCCCGCUACUUGUCGGAAGCCUCACAAAGAAUAACGAGACGUUCGAAGCGUGGAAUACGGUGUUCUUCAUCACAGCCGCGGUCUCACUAACCGGAGCGAUCGUAUUCUUCUUCUGGGGCACCGCCGAGGUUCAGAAAUGGGCCAGUAAUGAUGAUGAGGCUACAAUACUCGUCAGCGAAGAUGAAAAUCAAAAACGGCACCAUUCAGACUGAAUCACUGACACGUAACAUCUCUGGGUAAAUAGAAUCUCGGAAGAAGUAAAAUCUUACGAAAAUCGCCACUACCGCCUGUUGUUGCAACAAUCAAAGUCGUUAACUGGCCAGCUUUGCUAUCUACCUCACUGUUGACUAAAUCAACUGCUUUACCAAUUCUACCUGACUGACGGUCGAGUGACGCCGAAGACGACAUUACUAUCGCUCCUACCAUACAACAUAGGAUAAUCUUACAUGCAUAUCGAUAGUCACACGAAGUUCUUCAAAAACUGCAAUCGGGCCCAUUUUCAUAAAGGCUAACAUUAUUUCAAAACAAUAAUAACAAAUUGACACACAUAAUCUCCAUACUAUGAUACUAUCCUACCAUGGAUUUUCAAUUUCAGCAUACACGUGCACGCACGUAUAUAUUUAUAUAUAUAUAUAUAUAUAUAUAUGUAUCGUGUAUGUGUGUCUAUGCUAUGAUAUGUCAAAUAGCUACAUGUAAGCCUUGGAAAAUGUUAGACACUAUUCGACAGGAUCAUGGACGCGAGACCCCCUGAAAUUAAUCUUUCACAGUACAAUUGGGGGUCUGGACAUACAGAAAUGACCUGUAAUGGAAAAACCUUUUCAAAUACAUACCUGUAGUGCGUACUCAAAAACUGACUUAUUCGCGCGGGAGUCUAUCGGGCAGAUUUGUUCGUUAACGAGGCUGUUAUAUGUUGCUCAUUUAGAUGGAUGCAUCUGCCUUUUACGUGCUAAUUAAUACGUAAAAUUGUUCUAUGAUGAUUUGUUGCGAUAGUGUCAGUCGUCGUCGCAAGAACAUCGAAUACUUUGAUUUUUUUUUUUAGAUGUCCAAGUAUCAUUGGGAACGUUUAACGUAUUGAAUUUUUUUGACUGAGAUGUGUCAUACUUGCAAAAAAAAAAAGCUAACAAGUUAAUUUAGCCCCACGGACUAGAGGACACUUAACGCGACCAAUGUUCCAAAUAUAGGGCUGAUUUUAUUUGCUUUACUUUCGGGGUGUAUAUGUGGUAUCUGUGUGAAUAUCGUGCGGAGUGUGCAGAUUAAACUAGAUAGCGUAAAAGAUAAUGUUUUAUAGGCGUUCUUUUACAGAACGAUCCGUCACUAACCAGUCGGCGUUGGGCAAUCGAAAAAAAAAACGUGGAAUAACAUAAUUUUCAAUUUUUGUUUACUCAUAUUCUAUCCUAAGCGUUUUCUAGACCAGCGAAUACGUAUCACACAAUUUAAUCUACCUCUCUUAGGUUAAUGUACGUUUACAAAUAGAAACCUAGCUAUAACCUGUAAUCGAAUCUUAGAAUAGUGUGUACUGAAUGACAUUAUAUCGAUUUUGUGUGAGUACGGGUGCCAUAGCUAUGGCUGUUACAAUUACCAUUAAUACGAUAAGUACAAUUGGAUCAUUGCGUCAAUGUACUAUUAGUUAGUAUUUUAAAUCGUUCUUUAUUGACUGUCGUCUUGUGGUUUGCUAAUGUUACUCGAAUAGAACGUUUGUGUUAUUUGUUAUUAUUUGUACUAUCAGAUAAAAGUUUAUAGUCGAAUAUAUAUUAGUAUUAGAUCAAUGCGAUAGUGAUGGCUAUUAUUGAUUUCUUAUGUAUACACGUAGAUUGUGCAGUAUGUAUCAUUAUAUAUGUAUAUAUAUAUACACGUACAUACAUGUUACAUCAAGUACGCUAGAGGAACAUUUAAAUAAAAAGCGAAGCUACAUUGAUAUCAAGUGCUUCUUUAUCA